CACCGAAAGAAUGAGUUCCAACGCGUCUGCUUCCUUCAAUUGAGGGAAACAAGCUACUCAGUCAGUCACUCAAACAAAACACAUCAAGGCAUCCCCACCCACCCACGCCACCCGCCAUCACUGACUCCGGUCCUUCGCAAAGACCGUCUCCAGCACAACACUGGACAACCACCAGUAGAGAGUGAAAAGGAUGAACAGCUGGAUCGCAUUGCCGUCUAGCGCCUUCCACACUGCUGACACCACUGCCGCAAGCAGUUUGGUGAUUUCGGUCUGAGACUCCUCUGGACUGGACCGCAGGUAGACAUCGAUGACAUAGACGACAAAGAGGAAUUUUGCACUGGUCGCAGCAAGGUCGCCAGAAAUCGUGACCACCUCCUCAGCGACCGUGAACAGGACCUUUUGCAGGCCGACAGACACUGAAGGAAUGAUAACACAACGCAAACGCACACGCCACCAGUACUUACACAGAAGGACAGGCCGACACAACCAGCGCAUGCCAGACAGGCCACCGACCACACAUGGCCCUGCCACACACAACUCCUACCUGACGGUCCAGGCCACGUUGGGCCCUCCGUCUGACGUUGCCCCUGAGCGGCACCCUCCUGCGGCCGCCCACGCACACACACGCACACGCACACAUGCAUCAGAAUGGCAGUGUGCUUACUCGUUCAGGCACUCACCUGGUUUCUGCCCUGAGACCACAUCCGUGUCGCGAAGCCGUGUGUCGGUGAUGCCGAGCGGUGAGUGCAAGAGAGGCGAACGACAGGCGGCACAAAUGUCGACACUGCGGCUGCGGGAUAGCAGCUAGCACCCAAGACGAGCAGCCAGAUGAUCAGCAGCAUAAUGAGAGGAUGGGGAGGCCGAGAAUACAUACCUGCACACAUAAAGCAUGCAUGUAGUGCAUCAAUUGGAUGAGGGACGUUUGAGUGACUGCGUGACCUUUGACUCACUCACUCUUGCCGAGAUGACGGUCAUAACACACACCGACCAGCCAUCGGACACACACGCACUGGUCUGAUCCUUAGUCAACACGCACACACACACACGCACCGAACAGCCACACGUCGCAUCACAUCUCUGGCCGCUUGCGUAGCCGCAGCCUACCGAGACCUUGGAGAGAAUGAAUGAAUCUCACCUGCCAUACAGAGCACACAAUUCAGUGCGUGAGGUCGUCUUCCGCAUUUCUCCUGUUUACCCUCCUCCCAUGCGAAUUCCGAGAAAGAUCGUGGUAGGGAGCUGUGGUUCAGGGUUUGAAGGGUGCAGGGUUUAGACAGGAGCGGAACUCGAGUGUGCAGCUUUUUGAAAGGCUCUGGACUGCAUCUGGGAAGAUCGAUCCAUCACACGACAGACAGAGAAACACCACCACACACACAGACAGACAAACAGGCGCCAUCUGCGGUGCCUGGCAUGUGAAUGUGUCG